UUAUAGGACAUUAUUAUGGAACACCAAAACCAGUGGAGGAUGACGAAAUGGUAAGCGAUCCGAAGGGACCGUUACCUCCCAACUGGGAGAUUGCAUACUCCGAUCAAGGCGAAAAAUACUUUGUUGAUCAUAACACUGGCACAACACAAUGGGAAGAUCCAAGGGAUUUACCCGAUGGUUGGGAAAAAGUGAAUGAUGGUAUUUAUGGGACAUUUUAUGUCGAUCACGUGAAUAAACGUACUCAAUACGAACGUCCAUCCAGUUCAUCACUGCAAAAGAUAACCGAUGUAAUACCACAUUCAUCACAUUCCUAUGCCUAUGCUAAUAAUCAUGAUGCAAGUAGUAGUACGAAGAUCGUUCUAAAUAAUAAUGGUACAGGAUCAAGGAGACAUUCAACCCUUUACAGUAAUCAUUCAUCACCAUCGCAUAUUGCUGCAUCUAUUUACAAUUUCACAAGGGAUCCAUCUCAACUUCGUGGUGAACUUAUAACUACACGUAUUGUCAAAGGACCAAAAGGACUUGGCUUUACAUUAAUUGGCAAUGAUGGUAGUUCGUUACAGGAUGAAUUCUUGCAGAUCAAGAAUGUUAUACCUGGUGGACCUGCCCAUCGAGACGGUGUCCUACAAAUGGGUGAUGUCCUCGUAUACGUUAACAGCGAAUGUGUCCUAGGCGCAUCACAAGCCCAUGCUUGUCUAAUAUUUCAGUCAAUUGGUGUCGGUGAACUCGUAACAUUACAAAUUUGCCGCGGCUAUCCACUGCUUUUCGAUCCUACAAAUAAGAUUGUCACUGAGAAUGCAUAUGUUACACGAUCAGACGAUGUGAAAGAAGUUAUUAUCAAUAAGGGUAGUGAUGGUUUCGGAUUCACGAUUUUCGAAAGUAUACAGGGACAACGGGUGAAAAAAAAUUUUAUAUCCGGAGAGAUGUGA